CAAUAGCAGUAGACGUCAAAUUGUUGUUUACGUCAAACAACAUUUAAGUUAGCAUUUCCCGAGAUCAUGUUGUGAUUUUAAGUAUCCGUUUAAAAACACGCCAAAAUGUGGAUUAUUUUGAGCGCCGUUUUCGUGCAAAUAGUCUUUCUUCUUUCAGUGUUUGAUAUUCAUUUUCAUUCACCGAUAGUAAAGGGAAUGACUCCGUAUGCUAACCCUAUCCCGGCACCGGCCAAAAGAUUGGUACUUUUCUCAGCUGAUGGAUUAAGAUUCGACACAUUUCUCAGUUACGGCAACGAUCGAGAACCAAAUGCGAAAUUUCUCAGAUCAAUAGCGAGCAGUAGAGGAAAAUGGGGAUUGUCCAACACUAGAGUGCCAACUGAAUCCCGUCCUGGACAUGUAGCCAUGAUCGCUGGAUUGUAUGAAGAUCCUUCUGCCGUUUUCAGAGGCUGGAAAGAGAACCCAGUUGAAUUUGACUCUGUUUUCAAUCAAAGCAGUUACACAUUUGGCUGGGGUAGCCCAGAUAUUCUUUCCAUGUUUUCAAAAGGAACAAAGGGUAAUGUUAUGUCAUAUACUUAUUCGUCAGAGAGUGAACAAUUUACUGGGCAUGACGCCUACAAACUAGACGAAUGGGUAUUUGAACAUUUUGAGCGAUUCAUUAAAAUGGCUCCUCAUAACGCCACACUUUCGAGCAUGUUGCAAGAGCGAAAGUUGAUAUUUUUCAUCCACCUUCUGGGAUUGGACACCAACGGCCAUACGAACAAACCCCACUCUACAUUUUAUACCGAUAAUCUUCGGUACGUGGACCAAGGGAUUGCCAAAAUUGAAGGGUUAAUCAACGAAUAUUUCAAAGACAAUCAAACUGCCUUUAUUUUUACUGCCGAUCACGGAAUGACCGAUUGGGGAUCUCAUGGAGCGGGUCAUCCGUCCGAAACACAAACCCCGGUAGUGGCAUGGGGCGCUGGAAUCAAUACGAAAAACAUUGAUGCCAUACACUGGGAGAAUAACAGAAACGACAUGGAACAAGCUGAUGUUGCACCUUUGAUGGCUGCAUUACUGGGAAUCAAUUUUCCAGUCAAUUCUGUGGGAAAACUACCUUUAGCUUAUCUGGCCGACGAAAUGCUUUGGAAGUCACACUGUGCCUUAGCCAAUGUCCAACAACUGAGCCGAUCUUUUCAAGCUCUUUCUCAACGUCAGCAAGACCGGAGUCUUUCGUUGCGGUUCCGGCCUUUCUGGCCGCUGGAAUCCAACCAAGUGAGCGCCCAUAAUCUUCAACAGAUUGAAGCGUCAAUCCGCUCUGGUUACUACAAUGAAUCGAUCCAGCAAAGUCUCAAUUUAAUGGACCUUUGCCUUCAAGGCAUGGAUUAUUUUUAUCGCUACGACGAGUUUCAACUGAAAAUGUUUAUCACGUUGGCUUACAUCGGAUGGGCUGGCAUCCUCGCCGUGUUUAUUAUUCAAGAACGACUAGUCACGACAUCUAAAAAGAAAACUGGUCAUCAGUUCCGGCUAAUUGAUCAAAUCGUUUUCGGAUUAUCUGUGGUCAUCUUCAUCGUUCUAACGGUGGAGGGAGUCCCGUUUCUCUAUUACGCCUAUCACUUACUGCCUUUGAUGUUGUGGUGGUAUUGCUUACGGCAGUCGAAACAGAUGCUCCGCCAAACUAUCCGUCUAAUCCGCAUCCGCCAUUUUGUAUGGACCACCUUCAUUCUCGGUGGACUUGAAUUCAUUGUGGCCGGGUUCUUUUACCGGUGGUUUCUCUCUGUCGGACUGGUUUUCAUGUCACUUUGGCCGCACUGGGACCAACACUCAUCCAGCCGAUGGCGACACCACGAAACGUUCAAGAGUUUAUGGAUGUUCACUUUCCUCAUUUUGGCCAUGUUUCCCGUCUUUCCUCCUGUUGGAAAACAUUCCGUCCCAAUCCUCGUAGAUAUCGGAGGAAUGAUUUUGACGGUCAUGGCCUUCUGGAGUUCAUUGGUCAUGCACCACGACCGUGAUCGAACGGUUCUAGUUUGCUACACGAUUGCCAUUCCAAUCACACUCUACGUCCGCCACAGUGUCAGCGAUAGUCUGGUCCAAGGGCAAGGACUCCCAGUACUGGAACAAGCCCUUUCUUGGAUUCUUCUCUGUUUGCCAUUGACAUUACCUCUGAUUGGUCCGUCUUUAGUUUGGCCUCGUUUGAUUGGCAUCGUCAUCACGUUGACACCGUCCUUUCUGCUCUUGUCAUUGUCUUACGAGGGAAUCUUUUUCGCCGUUCUAGUCGUGGCGUUGGCCAUUUGGAUCAGAUUGGAGGCCGCCAUUCCGGCCACGGAUUCCUUUUGGACUCAACUUCGGCGCUCGUAUUUUUUCCUCUUUCUCACGUUUCUCUCCUUCUUUGGACUGGGCAAUUUGGCCAGUCUCAACAGUUUCGAUCCUAGCAGCGUCCGCUGUUUCGUCACGACCUUCUCACCCUUCACCAUGGCCGGCCUUCUCCUGUGGAAGAUUACCGUGCCGUUCAUUGCCGUCUCGUCGGCCCUUUGGGCAAUUACAGUCCAGCACCAACUGUCGAUGAAGAAUGUUUACCUGAUGAUUCUGUUGCUAUCGGCAGCCAUGGCCGUCCAGUUCUUCCACUGGGUGACCUCGCGCGGCAGUUGGCUAGACAUUGGCACCUCCCUGUCUCACUACGUUAUCGUUCAAUUCACCGUUGUCUUUGUGAUGCUCCUCCGUUCCGUCGUCCAGUUCCUGACACACGGCCCCAUCUAUUUCCACGCCACACGACCCACCGCCAGUAAAUACGACAAAGACUGAGCUGCCGACGACGACGAGAAGAAUGGCAUCCACCAAAAUCCAGUGGAAAUUCUAGUUCAUUUACUCCUCCUCCUUUUGAAAUAAUUCGCGCACACACAACAACAAUAAAAUGGGAAAAAUGUUUCGGCCGUCUAAUGAGUUGAAACUGGCCAAUCCCCAUGCCGCAGUUCAUUCACCUGCUGCUGUUUCUUUUCUUUUGAUUUCCCUUUCUAUUUUUUUCCUUGUGGGGUUUCCUCUUUUGUGCGCUAUACGUGGGCAGCAGCGGCCGCGCACAGGUAUUUUACCUGUCCCCUUUAGGGAGAGAUCAGGUGGAGGACACAGUCUUCUCAUGUAAAAAUAUACACGUGGAUACAGGGCCGCCGAGAGAACCGCGCGAUUGGUCAGUCCAAAGGCGCUACAUUUUCCUUUUGUUGCAGAUUAUGCCACUGUGUUAUCUUUAACCAACUCCUUUCUCUCUCGUGAAUUAUUCAGCAGAACCGGGGGGUUGGCUUCUUUUAUUAUUUUAGCUUGGAGGAACGCAUAAAACCUUGGGAUUAUUAGAUUUGAACACGGCAGAGUUCAAACUCGCCAACUCUUUUGGCCGUUGUCUUUCGUGUUCCUCUGCUGUUUUAAAAAUGACCUUGGCAUUCAUGAUAUGUUGACUUUGCCAUUUGAGGGCAUUUCGGGGGGGAGAAGAAAGAACCAUCAAAUAAUAAUUGACCAUCAAGCUAUAAGAACGUCUGAGUUUAUAAACACGUCUUAAGCGUGACUGGACGUUUCUCAAUACGUUUUGUACACUUGUCACCAGUCAUUUUAAUAUUACAGUCACGUCUUUUAACCCCACCCUGUUUUGGCUCUUAAUCAGACGAAAUAUUCUGGGUAGCGCAUUAAGGUUAAUUAAUAUUUAUUCUGGGAAAAAUUGAUAAAUGUUGGAAACAACAGAUUUCGAAAAAAUAAAAAAUAAAUUUACUCUUGUCCAGUUCACCCCCAGUGAAGGUCCAGGCAUUCUGGGAAAAGAGUCCAUCCAACUAUACCAACCCCUCUUCUCUUCUUCGUCACUCGAGGGUGAAUUCUCAUUUAAGUUUUUCUUCUUUAGCGCGCGCCUCUUCUUCUUUCUUCCUUUUUAUUGUGUCCAAAAUGCCAAGCAGAGCCACUCGAUCGGGUUCGGCAACUAUCAAGAAAUGACAGCAAACAAACUCGGUUUCCCAUCCGAAACCAAUAGAUUCAGAUGGUCUUUUAGCUGAUAUUCUACUUGCAUUGGUAGUCCCCCCCUCUUGAACAGGAUAUUCAAUUUUGAAUAGUUUCAAGUUACAAAGUUCAAAUGACAAGAAUAACAAAAAAAGAAAAUGACAGUGAACGAUAACAAUCAAAAGACUAGCCCCCCCCCAAAAAAGAACAGUCUGAUCAAGGUUGCCGUAACCAGUUUUUCCAUUUCCGGAAGAAGAGUAAAAAAAGAGCGCGCGCGGGCUUUUCCCCGUUCCAAAAACUUGGUUGAAAUUUAAUCGUUUUCCUUUUUUCUGGUUCAAUACUUUUAUUUUUUCCAGGCCCAUCAAAAAAAGAACCAGAUGGGAAUUGAUGCGUUAUUCAAGACGAUGGAAAGAAUUUUUUUAUCUUGUCUAGUCUACGUGAAAUCGACACCGGUGGGUUACGUCUACUCUAUCCCUUGUUCGAGUCCCGUUUGUUUUCAUUUCCCGCCCAGUCAGUCUCAGUCACCUGUUUUUGCCGCGAAAAUAGUCGGAAACAGCUGAUCGACUAGUAGCUCCCCACGUGAGUCUUUUGUGGCUCGACUCCGCCCAUAUCUCGAGUUGGACCAAUCAGAGUCCUCCUUUCCCGCUGGAUCCUAGGUGGAGCCGCUGACAAUUUUUCAAAUGGAGAGGGCGCUCGCUCUCGAUCUUGACCAUGAAAGAGAUUCUUCUUCCCAGUUUCACUGUACUUCCUCGACGACACGGAUUCUGUUUUCUCACUUGCUUCAUCUACCACCUACUCGAUAUUUUAGUUUUAUUAUUUCAGUGAUUUUUGUCUUUUUAUACGCUUUUCCAUACACAAACUGGAUUUGAA